AUGGCUUCCUUCUACACCAUCUUUACACAGUUCUUCCCUCCAAAAGCAUCGUUUACCGAAGAUGACAUCCCAUCUCAAGUCGGAAAGGUCUUUAUCGUCACGGGCGGUAGUAGUGGAGUAGGGUUCGAGCUAUCUAGAAUUCUCUAUCAGGCCGGAGGAACAGUAUACUGCUUGUCACACCACGAAGGCCGUGGACUUGCUGCCAUCGAGAAGAUUCGCAGCACAGUCCAUAUAAGCACCCUAGGCACUCUCCACUUCAUCCCCCUCGAUCUCGCAGAUCUCACCACCAUCUCCCCAGCCAUUGGAAAAUUCCUCGCAGCCGAAACCCGGCUUGAUGUCUUGUUUAACAAUGCGGGUCGCGCCAGUAUGCCCUUGGAUUACAAAACCGUCCAAGGCCUGGAACCCCACUUUGGCAUCAACUGUGCUGGAACCUGGCUCGUUACUCACCUUCUGGCACCCAUCUUAACCGCGACUGCGAAAAUCUCCCCGCCAAACAGCGUGCGCAUCACCUGGACAUCCUCAGUCCUAGUCGAUGCCAUGGCGCCUAAGGGUGGCGUGGUAAUGAAAGAAGUGAGGACCCCUUCCAAGCAACGCCACGAGCAUUACUCCGCCUCUAAAACCGGCAAUUGGUUCUUGGCCUACGAAUGGAAUCGUCGCUUUGGUGCGUCGACGGGCGUUGUCAGCCUGGCGUUGAACCCUGGAAGCCUGAAGACGAAUACAUGGCGAACGACGCCCUGGUACCAUUAUUGGCCUUAUUAUUUCAUUCUGGGAAUGCCGAUUGACGGGGUGCGUACGAACCUCUGGACUGCUUUCAAUAAGGAUAUUACAAUCGAUGAUGGGGGGAGGUAUGUUAUCCCUUGGGGAAGGUGGCAUACGACUAUGAGGCCAGACAUUACGGCAGGCUUGAAAGAAGAAAAGGAUGGAGGGACGGGAAGGGCAAUUGAGUUUUGGAACUGGUGUGAGGAGGUUACCAAGCCAUUCACGGAAACCUAA